GGCUCGUCUUACGUAGGUCUGGUCGGAGGCCAGGCUACUCAAACACAUGCCUGCUCACACACAGGCUCACUCAGAACAUUGUCAGACAGGCAGAGGACAGAGGGACAUUGCUACGUGGAAGAGGAGGAUAACGAGAGAAAAGAGAAGGAUAAGGAAGGGAAGAAACAAAGAGGAAAGACAUCAAGCAAGAGAGAUAGAGGAGCUGUGAUCCACGGUGACGCCAACCACCGCUUACCAGCUGUCCAACUCCGUCUGCAAGGCUUGUCUGCCUGUCUGUCUGUCUGUGCGCGUGCAAAGUGUGUGUCUCAGAUUAUCGCUGAAGUGAAUCACUGAAGAGAAUGUCCCCGAAAAAGAAGGCUUCUCGCCCCAAGGUGGAAGUUGUGGCAGAGCCGACAGAAAGUUUGGUGAAAUCACCUGAAAGCCCUGCCAUGUUGUCAUCGGAGGGUGUGGUCGUCUCCGAGGGUGUGAAGAAGCUGGAGGCGCCGCUGAACGUGGAGCACCUCAACCGCCUCAACGGCCUGCCCCUCCCACUUCCUUUCCCUCCUCCAAUCCUCCGGCCGGGAGAGAGGGGGCUGGGCAUCGGGAACGAGCUGACGCGCCCUCUCCACAGCGCUGCUAUGCUGGAGGAGCUGAGCCGCAUGCGCCAGGAACGCUUCCUCACCGACAUGGAGCUGGCCUGCAAGACCAAGGCCUUCGACGUGCACAAGCUGGUCAUUUCCUCGGUCAGCCAGUACCUGAGAGAGGUGCUGGCCAAAGACCCAACACUGAAACGCCUGGAGCUGCCCACACUUUCUCCUCUAGGUCUGGCUAAUGUGAUCACCUUCGCCUACCUGGGCCGCGUGCACAUGUCUCUGUACACGGUGGGCUGCACUCUGUGGGCCGCCAUGGUGCUGCGCAUCCCCCACCUGCUGCAGAUGUGCAGCGAUUUUCUCCUGGCCGAGCUCAGCAUGCAGACGUGCGUUUACAUCUGGAACAUCGCCACUGCCUACGGCCUGAACGCCGUGCGCGAGGCCUCCCGCCGCUACGCGCUGCAGAACUUCGCCCAGUUCGCCGAGACGCCCCAGUUCAACCAGCUCACCCUGGAGCAGAUCAUCUCCUUCCUGCAGGACGAUGCCCUCGUGCUGCCCUCAGAGAUCACCACCUUCCAGGUGGCUAUGAAGUGGCUGGACUUUGACCCUCAGCGUCAGGCCCAUGCGACUGAGGUUCUGUCCCACGUGCGCUUUGAGACCAUCCCGGCCAGCGAGCUGGUCAGCGAGGUUCAGCCCGUGGCCCGCAUGAUGCUGGACCCACAGUGCCACCGCCUGCUGGUGGACGCCAUGAACUACCACCUGCUGCCCCACCAGCAGAACCUGCUGCAGUCAAAGCGCACCGCUGUGCGUGGCAGCCAGGUGGCGCUGCUCACCAUCGGCGGACGACCAUCACUUACCGAGAGAACACUGAGCCGUGAGGUUCUGUGGAGAGACCCUCGUGACGGUGUGGCUUCCUGGCGUCACCUGACCCAGCUUCCUGCUAAGAGCUUUAACCAAUGUGUGGCCGUGAUGGACGGUUUCCUGUAUGUGGCCGGAGGAGAGGACCAGAACGAUGCUCGUAAUCAAGCCAAGCACGCCGUCAGCACCCUGAGCAGGUAUGACCCCCGCUUCAACACCUGGCUGCACCUGGCCAGCAUGCGCCAGAAGCGUACACACUUCAGCCUGGUGGCCACUGGGGGGCGUCUCUUCGCCAUCGGCGGCCGCAACACCGAGGGGCUGCUGGCCACGAUUGAGAGCUACACCCCCUCGACCAACACCUGGCAGAUCCGCACCCCCAUGGAGGCCCCCCGCUGUUGCCACGCCAGCGCUGUGAUGCCGUCCGGUGACAUCCUGGUCACCGGCGGCUACGUCAACUGCGCCUACACGCGCUCAGUGGCCGUCUACAGCGUGGACAGUGACAGCUGGCAGGAGGUGGCCCCCAUGGAGACGCCGCGCGGCUGGCACUGCAGCUCCACCCUGGAGGGCCGCAUAUACGUGGUGGGGGGCAGUCAGCUGGGGCCCGGCGGCGAGCGCGUGGACGUCCAGUCCGUGGAGGUCUACCAGCCCGAGGACGGCGCGUGGAGCCGCAUGGCACCGCUGCCGCUCGGCGUGAGCACCGCCGGACUCUCGGUCCUGGGCGGUCAGCUCUUCCUGCUGGGCGGCUGGAAUGAGGCCGAGAAGCGGUACAAGGCGGCCGUGCAACGCUACGACCCCAAGACCGACAGCUGGGCCUCCAGCGAAGAGCUGCCUGAGCCCACCGUGGGUGUGUCAUGCUGCGCUCUGGCCUUGCCCCCACGCCAUGCCUCCCGGCGCCACCGCAACACCCCAAACUCGCCGAACAACGCCUCAAUCAUCACUCCACCAAACACCUCAGUUAGCCACGAGGAGCAGCCUACAUCUGCUUGAAGAAAGGAGAGAGGAAGGAUAGAGAAAGGACAGAGGAGAAAAAGAGAGUAGUUGCAGAUAAGAACAGUAGAGAAGAGGAAGGGGGUGAGGGAGGAGAGAGAUCAGGUGAAAGGACGAAGAGAAGAGAGGACAGUCUGAGCAGGACAGGAAAUGAGGUUUGAGGUGUUCUUGAGUACGGAGGAAUCAAAUCAGGGCCCACGCCAUUAAAGAAUGUGAAAUGCAUUCAGUGUGUACAACAUGAGUACAUGAAAAUCUGUGAUGUAGCCACGUCUGAGUGCGUCUGAGUGUGAGUGUGUGUGUGUAGCUGGUGGAAGAGCUGACUGAACAUGUGCAUCUGAGUUUGUGUGAGUGAAUUUUAGCAUUUGAGCCACAAUGUUCUUUGACAAAAAUGAUAUCAUCUUUGCACUUCUUGCCCCAGAGUAUAGAAUGUAAGGGAAUUAUCUCUGCAAAGGACAUCAAUAACCGAAGAUUUCAUAUAUUUAAAUAUAUAUCAUAUAUCAUUAUAUACAGUGCUUAUUCUUAUCCUAUGUAAUAGGCUAAAAUAUUUCUCAAAAUAGUUUAGCUCAAUACUUGACAAAAUGUUUAAUAAAAAAAAAAAAAAAACAUU